AAUACUCUUCCCAUUUUUACACUUCAAUAAAACACGACAACAAAAGAACACCGCAUAAACUUUAUCUGUCCUAAAUACACUUGUAGCAUCACCCGAGUUACGGGUACCAACCCGCCACCUUAAGCCGACCCUGCAUACUUUAUUUAGAAAUAGCUUAGUUUAUAUUGUCAUCAUUUUGUCAACCUAUAAAUAUAAUGUAAUAGACAAGAGCAAGAAUAAUUAUUAUAGUAAUCGAUGUAGUCAUUAUCUAUCAAUCAAAUUAGUUGUAAGUUAGUUAGUCCCUGUUCUCAAUAAAUAAGUUUUUUUAAAAAAGCAAAUGCUGGUUGUUGUCCUAUAACUGGGAUUAAGAGAGCAGUCGGUAUUUUGUUCUUUCCAAUAUUGGAUAAAAAUCGCCAUAUUUGGGUGCGUUUCUACGGUUCGAAGACCGCUACAAUCCCUGGAAGCUGAAAGAAGACCUGCAGAAACCUUCAAAGAACAAGUACCUGCAGCGAUUCAAUUGAAGCAACCACCCGUUAAGCACCGGAUUGAGAACAGCUAUAGUUUAGGUCCUAGGAAUACAAAAAUCGAUUCUUUUAGGAAAUUAGGCUAAGAGACAAAUGGAAAUGUUGGCAAGAACCUUACUGCCUUUUCGGAUUAUAAAUUGCCACCGUGAAGCAAAUUUCAAAAAAAGGUCGAAAGAUUUAGAAUCUUUGAGAUGUGGAUUGUUACGAAAAAUAUUAAAAAAAAAAUCUAAAGGUAUGAGAAGUGUUUUCAUCAAUGUUCAUGUUAUUUAUGAAGUAGAAGUUAGAUAAAGGAGUUGUAACUCACUAGGUUUCGGUCUCUGUCGCCACUUCUGACAUAAUGUGAUGCACAUAUGUCUUCUUCAUAUGAGGACAAAGAUGAGAUAAUUCUACGCCUUCGGUUACCAAUACCAGAAAUAUUUUUACACCUGGUCUCAGAGCAAUUUUCGGAGGAGCUUGAACGACUGCGGUGUUUUGAUUGUCUACCGGAAGCAUUUUUUCGUUUCCUAUACGGCCAGCGCGAUUGGUCGCGUUAAUCAGCUAGGAAACGGAGUGCUCGAUUAUCGAUUCCGUUAGCGCGAUGUUAUGUUGGUUGCGCAGGUUGCUUUGGUCAGUCGGCAUUUUCACGUGCACGAUUAAGUUAUUAGUUUUCGGUUUAUUUGUUGAUUGUUUGUCAUACGUGCAACAAUACCUACUCGAAGCGAAGCUGUGAUUUUUUGUAAUUUCCCGGAAAUUGAAGCGUGUGAAGUGUGUUCCUAAUUUUAUACAUAAAUGUAUGUAUGAAACAUUUAUUUGUAAUUAAAAUGAAUCUUGAACAAAUCGAAAAUUGUUAAACGCAUUUCCUACCUACAAAAUAGGGGACAAAACAAUCAGAAGUCACUAUUAGAACGUGUUUCGUCUGAAGUGGUGAUCAGACUUUAGAUGAUUGUUGCACAAAGUGGAUUAAAACAUUUUCUACCUUAACAUCCACGGAUUGGAUUAUAGGUAAAACAUACAAUAAUUUGCAAAGGCUGGUAUUUAGGAAAGAUUUUGUUUGCCAACACAGUAGCAAAAAUAAAAAGCGUAUAAAAGUAACUACUAGAAAUAGAAAUAAAAACUGUAGUGCAAAAAUUGUUGUGAAAGUAAAAAAGAACAACAAGGACAGCAGAUACAGAGAUGCGUACUUAAAGGAAGGACUAGACACUGUGAUUGUGGUAAGUAUAAGGUUCUAUUCUAUGUAUAUCCUGUCAAAUUUUUACUGUCAUCAAUGUAGAGAAAAAGCAUAAUUAACUAGAAAUGUGAAAUGUGAAGCUUAAAAAUUAGUUUAAAAAAACUUAUCUAAACAACAAUAAGAGUACAACAUAAGGUAAAGAUUUGACCAUGUUAAUUCCUAUGUUAUAGAAAAACAGACUGUUCUAAAAAUUACCAAAAUUUUUACCCAUUUUAAUUUGAUUCUCAGAUUAAUUUGGACCAUUCCCUUAGAACAAAUGUCGCUGAAGCUUUUAGUUUUCUUAGAGUUUCACCCAAAACCAGAGACCUUUUUAUACAGUAUUUUGAAGACAACAUGUCUCCAAGUGAAGCAAAGUCCUUCCACAGAGCUUCCUUAAUGGCAGCUACACCAGUCGAAAAAUUAGUAGAAGUUCUUGCGAAUGCGCAAAUAAACCCUAUGGAACGAAGCAUAUAUAAUAUGUAUGAAACUUGGAGGUAAUUUGGCAAUUCUUACUGAUCAUCAUUAUAUUUUUUGGCUGAUUGAUCCUUCUUAUAAGUUUUUGAAUGUGUUACCUAUAUUUUUUUUUAAAUCCUUUAUUAGUCCCAAAAAAAUUACGAGUUUACAGAGGGAUAUUUUGUCCAAUUAAUUUAUAUAGAUUGUAGCUUCUCGCCCUUUUUUAUAUUUUUUAUUUUUUUAUUUUCAGUUUGAACUUUUUAUAAUUUGUUUUAUUUUUAAUAUAAUUUGGCAAUAAAUUACACUUUUUUACACCACUGUUAUAAAUUGAACUAUAUAGCCAUUUUAUAUUUUAGAACUCACAACUAUGGGAAUAGGUCAAGUAAAAGCAUUUUGGAGAAAAUACAACAAAAAACAGCACAACUUGAUGGAAAAGGUUUUAAAUUUUGUGUCCAGGAUGAACCUUUUUGUUGCGUCAUUUUAAGUCCAAUAAUGUUGCGAGCCCACGAGCUUUCAUUUUCAAUAUACAUUAUGUUCGUUGAUUCAAGUGGCUCUUGCGACCAAAGCGGAUCCAUAGUGACAUUUUUAUUUGGAGCGAGUAAAAUAGGAGGAGUACCAUUAGGUUGCAUAAUUCACUAUGAACAAAAUGAACAAGUAUAUGAACAUUGCUUUAAAAAAUUCAAUGAGCUUCUUGGAAGUAAGGGCUUUUAUGGAAGUGGAUAUCCAUCAGUGAUCAUGACCGAUGACAGUACCGCAGAGCGAAAUGCCCUACAAAAAGCUUUUACAAAUUCAGCACUGCUGCUUUGCUUAUUUCAUGUAAUGCAGACCGUUUGGAGAUGGCUGUGGAAUUCGGAACACAAAAUUGCAAAAGAAGAUCGCCGUACGCUUAUGUUAUACUUUCGCGAUAUUCUUUAUGCCAAGGAAGAAAUUGAUUGCGAGUUAUUCAAGCAGGCUCUAUGCGAGAGUGAAAUUGCCAAAAAAUAUAUAAACUAUCUUGAAUAUUUCGACAAAAUGUGGCAGAGAAAACAAGAAUGGUGCCACUAUUUUCGGAAAACAUUGUGUAAUAGGGGACAUAAUACAAAUAAUAUUGUAGAGGUGUCAAUUAGACUUUUUAAGGACCUAGUGCUACAAAGAUGUAGGGCUUUUAACCCUGCAUCCUUGCUAGAUUUUAUCUAUUUUUCGCUUGAUGAUUUUUACAAGGAAAAACUGUUGCGCUAUUCAAGCUUCAGGGAUAAUAAAUUACUUAUUUAUUUCACAAAAUUUUGCAAGAAAUCUGUGAAUCUUUGUGUUGUAAAGCUCUCUGACAGUGAUUUUACAGUUACCUCAUUAUCAGAUAAGACAUUUUUGUACCGAGUAAAUACAGUAUUGGAGGUUUGUGAUUGCCCAGAAGAAGCGGGAGGAAAAUUUUGUAAGCACUUGUGUGCUGUAUAUAAUACUGGCCUCCAUAUGUUUAACGUUCCUAAGGUUUUCUUCCAGGAUAAAUAAGAACUUGCUACCCUAGCGCUUGGAAGCAGUUCUAAUAUGAGUGCAGAUUUUCUUAAAGAAAUGGAUAAGAAAGAUGAUCAAAUUACAGAUCUAGACUUUAGUAAACCUAUGAUUACAAUCAAUAAAGAUAACCGCACUAAGACAGCGUCUUCUGAGGAAGAUAUUAUUUCCUCCGAAGUAAAUGAAAUUGAGACGUGCUACCUAGCUACACUAGACGAAUUUAAAAACAACUUGGACAAAAUUGGCAAUUUUGUGGAAUCCCAUCCAGCAUUACUGUCUAUUGCCCAAAAAUUUAAUGCAAAAAUAAAAAACAUGGAUACCGAAGCUUCAUUUUAUACUCUAUGUUCUUCAUUUUCCUAUCAAAAACAGACUCGUAAAAUCAAGGUUCAACCUACCUCUAUUGCUAGGAGAAGAUCAUCGUAUAGGGGCGCCAAAGCGAUGCAAGCUGGUCGGCCAUCUAGUAGCGAAAUAACUUCGAAGAAAAGACCACGCAAGAAGCGAUCUUUAAUGGAAAAUAUUUUAAAAAAUACUACAAACGCGCUAAACCAUGGUAGAUCACACAAAUAAAUAAAAAGCAAAGGUGGAUAAAAGAGGUUGUUAUAAGAAAUAAUAAUUUCUUUGUAUGCAAAAAGCUACAAAAUACAUUUUUUAUAU